CUCUUCUUCGUACUUGCACGACAUCGUAUCAGUAGACGGUGCAUUCGGGUGCGAUCACAGCGAGCCACCCGAUAACAGAAAACGGAUAAGCAAAAGAAUCCAGGAAAAGAAAAUCAAAUUGAAAAUUGGAGACUGAAAGAAACUAUCCCCAGAGCUAAUAACAAGAUCGGCGACCAGCAAGGAAGAAAAUAAUGUCAACGGAGGAGCCUCCACCUUUUCAAGAAGCAGCUCGCUGUGACGUCUGCAAAUGCAGCUUCAACACUUUCCGUCGCCGCCAUCAUUGCCGUUGUUGCGGGAGGACGUUAUGCCAUGAACAUUCAUCAAAUUAUUUGGCUUUGCCGCAGUUUGGAAUACUCUCGAAUGUUAGAGUUUGUGCUGAUUGUUUUAAUGAUUCUACUCGAUCAGAGAAAGUUGAAUACCAAGUUUCUGUGGAGGGAGUUGAUUCCGUAAUAGAUAAAGUUUCUAGAUUAGACAUUGAUGCAGAAAUACAUCCAAAACUGGAGCCGACCACACUGCAACAAUCUACCAUAGGUGCUAUUGAGUGCAAGUGUGGGGUGCCUUUAUGCAUCUGUGAAGCACCAACAGCAAAAACAGAUCCAGUUCCCAUGCAGACAAAACCUUCUUCCACAUUCACAUCCCAAUCGAAUCCAAAACCAAAGAAAACAGAUGCUACUCCAAAGAAUAGAGGUUCUACUUCAAGCAGCAAGCCUAGUUCGGUUUUCAAUCAUGGCCAAAUGACAAAUGGUGGUGUUGAUAAACCUCAGAUGGAUUAUGAUGUCAAUGGAGAGGGUUUAAGAGAAGCCAUAAAGAAUGGUGAUACUGUUGCAGUCAAGAAGCUUCUGAGUGAGGGUGUGGAUGCAAACUAUCAUGAUAAGCAAGGAAUGUCAUUGCUACAUUUGGCUGCACUGUUUAAUAGAACUGAUAUAGCUUUCAUCCUCAUGGACUCUGGAGCAAGCAUGAACUACAAGAAUGCGCAAGGGGAAACACCAUUGGACUGUGCUCCUGCAACUUUGCAGUACAAGAUGAAACAGAAAGUGGAAGAAAGUGGACCGCAGGGCCCACAUACCAGCUUGUAAAUUGUACAUGUCUUUAAUCUGCAUAUGUGCAAGUUGUCUGUUUUCUGAAUAAAUUGUGUUGGUUAAGUUAUGUAUUUGUUUGUACAAUGUAUAUUGUGCACCCGAGCAGAUGGGCUGCUAGUCAUCAGCUCAUGGAGAGUGUCGAAUGCGGUUCCUUUUGCAUCGCAUUAAAAAAAAGCUCGCUUUUUGUGCAAGAACUUUGUCUAGCUAGAUAGAGAAUAUUCGGAGACUAUUUGCAAAGAACACUAUUUGUGUAUUGGAUUUUACCUCCAAUAUUGCAGCCUGAUCCAUAUUAUGCGGGUUUUUUUUC